CUGCGUCCUGGCCAGUCUUCUCGAUUGCCCAGUUGGUCGUUGAAAACAAAUUUCGUCAUUGCUGAAGAAUUUCGCAAUUAUGAAUCCACGAGGGACAUCCAAAUUUGCGUCGUUCCUCCGACUAAGCUUCCUGACGGUUCUGCAACGCCAGGGCUCUUCGUCGACGUUCGACGGACUAUUGGGCCUGUCAAGACAUACUCUGAGCCGACUAUUGAAAUCAACACCAGUCUUCCCACCAGUAUCACCUGGUGCAUGUCCUACCAACCGGUUAUACAGGACAUGAUGAAGAUUAUCGAAGGUUUCACCAAGCCGGAAAUUGAUCCUUCCGAGCGAGUUGGCUUCUGGGACAAGAUACGGCUGAACUUCCAUUCACGGAUUCGGGUGCGCUGGAAAGGUGACGGUGAUGUUCAUCUGCGGCUGAAAGGAUCCCGCGACCCGUAUGUAAUAACGGGCUUUGGAGCGGGCUUUGUAAUGUGCUGGCGCAAGGAUGUCCAAUGGGAUAUACACACGAGCGACGAUCCAAAAGAGUUCAUGAGCGUCACCAGUGGAGAGUACGUGCUUGCCGUACCGGAUUACAGCAAUGAAGCACGUUCCUCCUACGAAUACGCCAACGACGAUGCAAAAUCCACCGCUACAAACAGUGCCAGGAAUGCCGCCAUGUUUAAGAAGGUGGUGAUGAAAUUGUCUGGCAGUGUUCGGUGGCUUGCAGGAUUGGUAUUCGAGCGCGAUGUGGAUCACGGCCGAUCUUUCAACUUCAAGCCUCACUACGAGGUAGUCCUUAAGAAUCCCAAGUAUAUCGAUGAAUCGCAGAGAAAGGACUAUGACGCGUUUAGAGGCUUUCGAAGUAAUCAUAUCCAUCUGUCUCUCGCUGUUUGCGCACCAACCAACAUGGAGACGCCCUCCUCGAAACGGCCGCCAUCGUCGAAUUAUAACACGGUCCAUUUGACUCCUCGCGUCUUCACUCAUUUCUUCAGCUGGUGGUCCCUUUUCUCCGGAGUGAUGUCACUGCCUGUACGUCAAGGGCCUCUUUGGCCUGGUCUCACGAAGACGAGCAAGAAGUUUGGUCGCCAUCUUGCGACUGUCAAGUAUAAGCUACUUCUCUCCCCCCUGUUUGUUUCACACAUCUACAAACACAAGGAUCCGGAGGAUUAUGGAGAGGACGUCGUGACUGCUACCGGCCUGAAAGUUCGCCUGGCCAACUUUAAGCUCGAUCUUCAUCAAAGGCGUGAGCAAGUCAACAAUCCGAUCAGGGGCCGUCUUAAACAGAUCAAAUCUAGUGCAAUGCGGAUCAAUCGGGCCGAAUUGGACUUUGAAGCGGCCGACUUUAGAGCUGUCUCUGCGAGUAUUGAGGGAACGAGUCCAGAAGAUAUCGAGCGCAACACAGAUGACAUAAUCUCGUCCUUCCAGCAGCCAGUAUCCUCGGUCGAUCUAUCCCGCUUCACAAUCCCUGAUCAGGACCUUAACUGGAUUGACAUGGAUGAUUUCGUCGAGCUGGACUGGAUCCUUCCGCAAGAAUCGAAUCCCAAAACCCAGAUAUUGCCUCUCGCAUACACACCCCGCUUUACUUACUUCCGGCAAACAGACCAUGGUGAUACAACAUCAGCAGACACUGGGUUCAGUCGGUUUGGAGAUGAGCCCACACACGAAUGUGUCAUGGCCCAGGACAAUGAUCCGCGCAGAGUGCAGAUGGAACUCGUCAAGGACCGUCUUUCCAUCUUGGAGGCUCAGGCCGAGAACCAUGAACGUCUCCUUAGAGAGCAUGAAGCUCAGCUAGUCCAGGAAGGCUCUGAUGACUCCGGCUUGAAAGUCAAGCACGAUCUGCUCGUUCGGCAGGCCGAGUCACUUGCUAGGAGGCGGAAGUUUCUCACUGCCAUGCUUCACCAUCUUGAGAAGCUGAUCUUCGAAGACGGAUCGCAUCGCGAUGGCAGAGAAGAAGAACAUGGUAGCAUACGGUCAUCACGAACUGGGGGUAACUCCGAGUCCAACACUGAUGGCGACGAACCGGAGAUGGAUGGCGACUUCGCGCUCACUGAUGAUGGAUUGGCUAGCGAGUUCAACAACAGAUUCACAAUCCACAAUCCGCAGGUGAAGUGGAACAAUUCACUCAGGAACAUCAUCUUACGGUACGGCCAUCAAGUCACCCAGAGACGCGGUUUCGUAUACUACAUGUCGCGACGAGCUGUUAAAUUUAUUGCGGAUAUUGUCGAGGAGCAGAGCAAGAACAAACAAAAGCGCAGGGAUCUCAAUCGUUCGGCGCCGUCGGCUGAGCAGUCAUCGAACGAAAAAGAUGAUGACGAGAGCGUGGAGGAACGCAUCGAACAGUUGUUACAUGAUGCAAAGCGAUACGUGAAUGCGGAUGAGCCGUCGUCGACGACUACUGGCGAAUCGAACCGAACGCGUCCAAAAUCCGGUGAUUUCAGCGACGGUCUCUCUCCUGACUUCACGCCCCAGAACAGCUACCAUCUUCGCCUCAUCGCUCCUCAGAUCCAGCUUCAAAGUGACAAAAACCCACGGUCAGUUGUUUUGGUUGCGGCUAAGGGAAUGACGCUCAAAGUUUUGUCCAUCAUGGACAAACGCCGUGUAACCGAUGAUGUCAGUGGUCUGGUGCAGCGCCGGUUUGCGCUUGACAUGGAUGGCGCACAGUUCUUUGUGGCGACGCAAAAGAAUCUCAAGGCCCAUCUUCAGUUCUACGCCGGAAACAAAUAUGGAAAUCCUCCCGGUUCGGCGUGGCCGCCUUGGCUGACCAUGGAAGCGAUGCUCGACUUUGAACUCAAUCCCUUUGGCUUCUCGAGAAUCAUUCAGAGGACGUCUGCGAGUCUGCGAUACGACAAGUACAACAAUCUCCGCCUGAAGUACAAUGAGGAGGUAGACCGAGGCGACGAUGACCCGGCCAAUCAUCCUGAUCACAGCGAGGGGAGGAUGGACCAGAUUUGGGUCGACUUCCCCGAUGUCAGAGCCAUCUGCGAUUCCACCGAGUACUACACGAUGUAUAUCAUUGUCCUCGAUCUGCUACUGUACAGCGAGCCCUUGGAGAAGGUGAGAAGCGAGCGCCUGGAGAAAAUAAUGCUCGCCUCCGAUUUCAGUGAUCUCCGAGGAGCUCCCGAGAUGGUGUUCAAGCUCCAAGAACGGAUUCGACAGCUCGAGGAAAUCAAAGAGUAUUUCCAGGUUCAUUCCAAGUACCUGGACCAGCAAGGCUGGGAGGAUCGCAUGGCGCUUGAGAAGGACUUGACCAACUGCGAGGAUGAGCUGUUCUUCAUCAUGAAGGCCAUCACGACGUCUCAAAGAAAGAACGACGAUCGUAACAUGUCCAAGGCAAACGCGGUCUUGCGCUGGUGCUUGUCCGCAUCGGACAUUGUCUGGCAUCUGAUGAGGGAUCGAAACGAGCCCUUGGUGGAAUUCCAGCUGCGAAACGCGGCAUACGAGCGCACCGACAAUAGCGACGGCUCCAAUUACAAUUUGAUCGAGGUCGAACGCUUGUAUGCUCUGAACCUGCUGGAGAAUGCGGUUUACCCCCAGAUGAUCGUCCCAUACGUCGAUCAGAACCGCCGCUCUGACGCGCAGGAUGAUAUGAUGCUUCGGGUCCAAUGGUAUAUGUUAGAGGCAGUCGCAGGCAUUCCGGUGCUGGACGAGUUUGAGGUGACCCUCUUCCCGCUCAAGGUCCAGCUUGAGCGAGAGCUGGGCAAGAAACUGUUCGAAUACAUAUUCCCUGGAGUGGGGUCGAACGCCUUUGAGAACGGUGGUUUCUCGCCGUUCAUGAUCAAACAGAUGAAGCCGUUAGACGAUGAUGAGUCGGACGCGGAAAUGACUCCUGAUUUUGCUUCAACACCGCAGAGCCACGACAGCGCUUCUGGAGAAGACGCUCAGUCAAUCACAGGGCCGGGAUCGAUUGAACUGAGAUUGCAGCCGACAUUAUCUCUUCCGGACCAGCGCAAAUCAGGACAGCAACGCUCCAACCGGUUCAAGGGUCUCAAUAUGACGCGUCCCAAUAAGGACAGCAACCGGCUGUCGCCGUCAGGCAGAAGCGUCCAGACAAACCGCCCGGCAACGGCAACGUCAACGUCAACGGCAACGUCAACGUCAACGGCAACGUCAGCGGCCCCUUCCAAGAAGAAGUCUGUUGACAGUUUGCGGGCUUUGGCAAGGUCCUCGACAGACAAAUCGCUGACGAACGUGUCUACCGGCACCGGCAGUGCAGGCGAAGAGUCUAAAGGCAGCAAAAAGUUUUCGUUGACCAAGGGCUCAAACAAGAAAGAACCGGCGGACGAUCUGUCGCAGAUGAUGUCUCGAGCGUCCAACUAUAUGAUUCUCGCCCACGUCAAGAUCAACGACGUGGUUCUCUGCUUGAGUUACAAGGGCAAAGGCGAGCGCAACAUCGAAGAUGUCCAUGAUUUCGUCUUCCGGUUGCCCGUGCUCGAAUACCGGAACAAAACAUGGUCGAACCUGGAGCUGGCUCUCCGUCUGAAGAAAGAUGUCAUCAAAGCGUUGAUCUCCCAUGCUCCCGCGAUCUUAGGGAACAAGUUCUCGCAUCCUCGACCGACAAAACAGCAGCAACAGCGGCUCCGAGAGCUUGCGUCGUCGUCUCAAAUGCUUACGUCUUCAGAAAUUGCCCUGAACCCGUCGGCCACUCGGAAUUUAGCAAGCCGUGAUUCCGCGGGCGAUUUCUCCGGCUCGUCCAUGCAUCACUCGAUUAAUUCAAGCACGUAUCCUCUUGCGCAAUCGACGUCUCACACGUCGAGCGCCACGCAGAGCUCUCACGAUUCGAUCAUCAUAUCUGAGGCCAAGUCCGCUAGCGGUGUGGAAUUUCAUUCUCGAGAGCACAAUCAUGAUGAUACCAUUGCCAGGCCAUUGACAUCGCCUUCGCGUCCGGCCAGUUCUCGGGGUGGCGAUGCUGAGGACGACGAAAGAAAGCUGACUCGCGAUAAAUGUAGCCGGAAGAAGACGUUCCGCAAUCUCGGACGGAAGCUCCUUCCCCAUCGCGGUUAA